AUGGGCAAAUAUCAGGCUAUAGAAUUUGGAGUUAAAGAGAUUCCCAACAUUAUACCAUUAGAUAAAGAUAGCGCUCGACAGUUAUGUGAACAAAUCUUAUCAUCUCAUGAAAAUGAGCCUGAAAAAGUGGCCGAGAGAUUUCUGGAGAUUUUGGGCUCGGAGGACAUCUCGUUGAGCUUUGUGCUUCAGUUCAACGAGAAACUGUCUUAUAAAGAACCCUCUAAGGUGGUGAAAGAACCCCCGGUAGCUCAGCCUGUGUCGAAGGCGUCGUACGAAAAAGUAAAAGAACAGGAUUUGGAGCCUUUAAAACUAACCAAUACUGCUCCUAAAGCAGCUCCUAAAUCCUCGGGACCUAAAUACCAAUCACCGGCCACUAAGGCUGUCGCUACUCAAGAGAAACCCAAGAAGAACGCCAGGCUAAAGAAACUGCAAAACCUUCAAGAAAUCGACGAUGUGCUGAAGGUUUUAGAGUUAGAAUCCUCCGAGUCUGAUCCAACAAAAUAUAGUUGCCAAUGCCAAGGCAAUAGGCAUCCGCUUUUCGAAGUGGCUCCUAAUUGUUUGUCGUGCGGUAAAAUUAUAUGUGCCAGGGAAGGUCUUAAUUUGAAUAAUUGCACCUUCUGUGGGGCCGAACUUCUGUCCCUGGAGGAGAGGUCGAAGAUAAUAGAAGUUUUAAAUCAAGAAAAACUCGACAUGGCGACGUCGAAAGCCUCAGUGACUGCAGAAAAGCCCAAAAAGAGCAAAGGGUACAAGAUUAUGUCUGGGACGGGGACCAACUUGUUCUCGGAGCAAGAUAAACUGUUUGAAAGAAUAGAAAAGGAAAAAGAACGUGAACGCAAGAGGAAAGAAGUGCUGGAUGGGCUGGAGAAAGCUCAAGAGGGACAAGAUAAAGCAAAUGCUGAUGGAGGAGAUGAAGAUUCAGAGCUAAAGGUAGCCCAGGAUCGACUUGAAACUCUCAUGCAUUUUCAAAGUACAUCUGCUCAAAGAACCAAGAUUAUCGAUAAUGCUAGCGACUUCAGCAUGAGCAAUGAGUCGAACGUUUGGGGAAACGCUCAGGAUCGGGCUUUGAUGCUUAAGAAACAGCAGAGGAACAUUAGGAGAUCCGAAAAGCUAGAACAAGAGCGCCGUGGUAAACGUGACAAAGUUGUUAUGGACUUGACGAUAGGCAAAGAUGGGAAAGUCAUAAUGACAGAGGCUACGAGAGCCCCUAAAACCGCACACGCAGGAGAUGAUGAGGAUGUUGACGAUAUAAGUGACGAGGAGGACGCGAGAGACCUGAAAGAUAUCGCAGGCUUGAAAAAUUCUCUUUCGCAAACAAAGAAAGACAAGGAUGAAGAACUAGAGGCCAACAUAUGGGAUCCAGAAAAAGAUCGGAGACAAUUCAAAAAGCCUGUCUAUGUAGAUUUGAAAAACCCGCCAAAAGAAAGUGAAAAGGAGGUUUCUGUAACUGGUGCGCAUGGUUGGAAGAAGAGAGUCCAGAUAAGUCAGGACAGCGAGAGUUCUCUGGAACAAAAUAUUCUUGCUGUGCUUUGA